AUGGUUUACACUAGGAAAGAUGAUGGAAGGUGGAGAACCGCUAGCAUUGUUCAUGGACAGGAGGCUGAACAAAUUUUCUAUAAUUGCAAAGAUCACAUGGUCUACUUUACUACCGCCUCAUCUUUUAUAGUCUAUGCUUGGGAUUUCUCUGGUGAUAUCCCACGCCAGAUUUGGUAUCAUGUUUUGCCUUAUGAUGUCGCGAGUUAUACCAAUUUCGAUGAUGGCACACUCGAUUGGAAUAAGGCUUUUCACUUCAAUAGAAUGAUUGCAACCAGAGUAUCUGGACAACUUCUGUUUGUAACUUGUAUGAUGCAGGACUCCAUAUGGCAGUUUUGCAUCUACGAGUACGAUCCUCUGACUAAGACAUGCGAAAAAGUGGAUGAUUUAGGUGAUGAGGCUCUAGUCUUGGACAUGGGUUUCACUGUUGUCGCCAAAGAUAUCAUCCCUGCAGGGAUGAAGAGAAACUCCAUCUACUUCAGUGGCAUCGAUCAUUAUAAGGAUCCAUACAUGCAUGUAUUUGUCUAUGAUCUCCGCACUCGAACCACAGAGCAUGUGCCACGAAGCCUUGUCUCCUCAGUAGGCUUCUCCGAUGCUCGAUGGUUCUUCCCCUGUUAA